AUGGCGUUUGCUGGGACAAAUAUCAGUUUGUCCCAGCCGGAUAUCACGCAGAAACUAACGGAGCGCAUAGACGACCUGAAGCAAAAGAUUGCCGCUUGGGGGAAGCGGAUUCGCCGAUUUACCGAGAGGUCAAGGCGGUUCAACCAGAAUCGUCUCUUCCAGAGUGAUCAGAAGAGGCUCUACAAAUCAUUGGAGCGACCAGAGGUAUGUGGAGCGGGCCCAGGACCGGAUCAGGCUAACACUGUCGCAUUUCGGCGUGGCCUGUGGUCAGAGCCCGUAAACCACAGCGAGGGCCCUUGGACGGAAGUUGUGGCGAGUCAGUGUGCGAGUAUUACGCCCAUGGACCCCGUCAUCAUAACGCCGGAUGACGUAGCUGAGGCGGUCCGUAGAGCCCCGAACUGGAAAAGUCCGGGACUCGACGGACUGCAUCACUACUGGCUGAAGGGGUUCAUGGUGUGUCACGCUGUGCUCGCCCGUCAGUUUCAAGAGGCUCUCAACCAGAAGUCGCUCCCUAGCCUCUUCACUACUGGGAUCACUCAUUUGGUUCCUAAAGACCAGAGUGAUCAGAAGAGGCUCUAUGAAUCAUUGGAGCGACCAAAGGUAAGUGGAACGGGUCCAGCACCGAAUCAGGCCGACACUGUAGCAUUCUGGCGCGGCCUGUGGUCAGAGCCCGUAAACCACAGCGAGGGCCCUUGGACGGAAGUUUUGGCGAGUCAGUGUGCGGGUAUUACGCCCAUGGACCCCGUCAUCAUAACGCCGGAUGACGUAGCUGAGGCGGUCCGUAGGGCCCCGAACUGGAAAAGUCCGGGGCUUGACGGGCUGCAUCACUACUGGCUGAAGGGGUUCAUGGUGUGUCACUCUGUGCUCGCCCGACAGUUUCAAGAGGCUCUCAACCAGAAGCCGCUCCCAAGCCUCUUCACUACUGGGAUCAAUCAUUUGGUUCCUAAAGACCAGGGUACCACAGACCCGAGCAAAUACCGCCCCAUCACGCGUAGGGAAGUGACGACCCCAUCGCCCGCUGACGUAACAGUUAUGUGA